UUUGCAGGCAACUUAUGGGAUCCGGAUAGGAUCCUUUCCCGUUUUGAUGUUCAACAACCGUUUUUUUACCUUCACAAUCUACAGUAAAAUGACGAAACCACCCAUGAACAAAACUCCCUAGACGCCUAAUUCCCUUACUUUUACCCUACCGCGCAAUUUGAUUCCAUGUUUUCAGUUUGGCAAAAUUGGUCUUUGUGUUUUUCUUCGUUUGCUAAUUUUAAAUAAUUUAUUAAAAAAUCGUUAAAAUUAAUAUGCGCUUUGCACGUGAGAGAGUCAUCGUCAACCAUUGAAUCUUGCGUGGGUUAAUGGAUUUACAGUGUUAAAUUUCUAUCCUCACACGUGUAAUUGACACCUGUCACCAAAUUGACCGAUCGAAACACAUUCAUUAUUUACCAGAGCUUCUUCCAUCCCUUUCUAUUUUGUACGGUCACAGUUAAACUACGUUAAUAUUUUAUAUUAAUUUUUUUAUAAAAAUAAUAACAUAAAAAAUAAUAAGAACAUAAAAUGUUGACGUGAUUUAAUCAUGACCACACGAAUAAGAGGAAAUGGGAAGGGCAGACAAUCUGCCUCCUUAUUUACCACCGUCGCUAGAAAGUCGUCAAUACAGAACCUUUUUCCAGUUAACUGAAAAAGCGGCGCGAGAAUCAGAUCAAACGGCCGAAAUCCCAUCUGAAGAAUCUCAGAGAUGAGAAGAGGAGGAGGAGGAGGAGGAGGACAUGCUUCUUCUGGGAAUUACAGAAACCCAUGUUUGACUAUGCACCAACCAUGGGCUUCUUUACUGGUUUAUGGCAUCAAGCGCGUCGAGGGCAGGUCCUGGCCUUCCCCUAUCAGAGGCCGUCUUUGGAUUCAUGCCGCUGGUAAGGUUCCUGAUGAGGCUACAAUUAAAGCAAUGGAAGAAUUUUACAGGGAAAUUUAUGCAGUUGAUGGAAUCACGGAUCUUAAAUUUCCAGAACAUUAUCCGGUUUCAAGACUUUUAGGGUGUGUCGAAGUGGUUGGAUGUCUUAGACGAGAAGAACUUGCAUCCUGGGAGAUGGUACCUGAAGGGGUGAGGCUGGAAGCAUUAACUGAUAUGUGUUGGCUUUGUGAGCAACCACAGAAACUGUUAGUUCCAUUUGAGAUGCGUGGCUACCAAGGAGUCUAUAACUUGGAAAAGAAGAUAUAUGAAGGUGCAAUUAGAGGUCUUUCCCCAGUUAAUAGUCCCCUUCCAGUAAAGUUUCCACUUCCAAAUCCACAAGAUCCAUUUUCAUUGAAACCAGGAUCUAUCUCUGUGCAUGUCCCUGUAUCUAGAACAUCUGAAGUUGAGAUAUCAUCGAGUCUCACUGCAGCCAUAGCUGGUGCCCGUGCUGCAGCUACACAGUUCUCCAAGAAAGUUCAAGAUGCACAGACAUCUGUAACGACCCUUCCAUUAAAGGGUCAAUCUGUUGAAGAGGAUACAAUGCCAUCUGCUAACCUCAGUGAGACCUCUAAUAAAGGGGCAUUGACAUCUAAUAACAAGGAGCAAAUAAGUCCCAUUAAGCACAAGGGAGUCGGCAGCCACAGCCAACCUUAUUCUGGAGGUUUGAGACCUCAACCUGGUGCACCUUCUAAGGGCAGCGUUCAGCCUAGAGGGGAGCACACAAAGCGGAAGCGAGGCUUUGGGCUUGAGUAAUGCAAACAUUGCGGUGGGUGAGAGUGAUGAAGCUAUGAUGAUUCUUCAAUUAUUCUUUGAAGGUGGAACUUGUUGCAAAUAUCACUCGUUGCUCGCAAGAUGUUAUGGCAAAGUGGAUCUUCAACUUGGAAUAUGCUUUUCUACAUCCUUGUAUUGUAUUGUAUCUGUAAUCUGUAACUAGGAAUGGUUUGUGUUUAGUUUAGGGUGAUGAGAUAAGUACAGUUGUUUGGUAUCCUUCUUAGAUCCAAAUUUUUAGCUUUUGAAACUAAUUAAGUACUAAGUAAUUUAGUUGCAUUCAUCGUUUUUAAAAAGUGUAGUUUAGUGCGUUGGAUUGUGAUAUAGUGCUGAAAUUCGCGGAAAAUUUAAUAGAAAGAUUGCAUUUGGGUA